AUGGAACAGCCUGGGGUGCCGUCCAAGAACCACUAUCCAGCCACGAUACCACCACCCCUUAACCCUUCCCGGCGACAAUUACCUGCAGGCGACCAGGGUCAACCGUGGCCAUUACCCGAAAGCGAGCACUGGGGACGCCAGAUGUAUUCGGCACCUGUUCGUCCGCCAUCCCCGCGAACCGAAUCGCCAAGUAUAUACUCCGGCCGGUCAGACACCACCCGAUUGUCCCCCGAAACUACAUCGAGCGAGGCGGCUUUCCGAAGCCGCCGGGAGCCACCAUCGCAGCAGGGCCCACGACCAAUCCGCCCUCCGCGUCCAAACCAUGGCCUUCUUGCUCCGAGUGGGUAUCGCUCUGCCGUCAGUCAGGGACACAAUGCUUCCCUGGGUACCUCCGCGCCCAAGAACGUGCAUCUUGUCCCGCCUCUGGCCAUGAAAUCGAGGGCAUUGCAACCCAUGGCACCUCGUACACGCCGGCCAUCCGAUGGGCGACCCGGGGCGCUCCAUGCACCGAAACCGAGCAUGUAUAACAUGGCGACGUCAUCCUGCACCAAACUCGCAGUGCCCGAUGUCAAGACCCCUGCCACACGUCGACCGCGUCAACACAAGUCCAUGACCGACCUCCUCAACCGUCCGCUGCCCCCACUACCCGAGCCUGACCCAGAACCACGAUCAGUGUUUGAGGACGACUCUUCUGACGAAGACCAAGAUAGUGAGCGCCACCGCUCUUUCUAUCUCUUUCACGGGCGCUCUUCCAGCGACAACCGCCGUCCUUCCAAGAGCACGGGUUCGACCACGACAGGGACAGGACAACGAAACCGGGCCCUCCCUGGGGUCCCGCCUCCCGUGCCGCCAAAGCGACAGCAGCCACACCAGCAGCAUCAACAACAGCCGAACUAUCAUUUCAAGAAACCAUCUUCGGAGUGGAAGAGGCAGGAUUCCAACGUAUUCGGUCGUGUAUUUGGACACGCGCAACGCCAUUGA